AUGGUUUCAGGUUCUACUUUAGAAACUGAGAACUUGACUAGUGGGAUUUCAGGUUCUAAGGUACGCAGGGUAGGAUUUAGGUUCAAAAAAAUGGGAACUUGUUCUUUGAACAAUGUGUGGGUUGUGGGUCAAGCGCACCAGCAGCAGCUUCCGACGUGGCUACGGGCGCUGCUGACGGAGAAGUUCUUCAACGCCUGCAUAAUUCACGAGGAGGUCCGCAAGAACGAGAUGAACAUCUUCUGCUUGGACUGCAGCACCAGCUUGUGCCCUCACUGCUUCUCUUUCCAUCGCUCCCACCGCCUCUUGCAGAUAAGGAGGUACGUGUACCACGAUGUCAUCCGGCUGGACGAUGCUGCGAAGCUGAUCGACUGUGCUUAUGUCCAAGCAUACAUAACAAACAGUGCAAAAGUGGUAUUUUUGAACCAGAGGCCACAGGCGAAGCAGUGCAGAGGCUCCGGUAACACUUGCAGCACUUGCGAAACGAGCCUCCAAGACCCUUUUCUCUUCUGUUCUCUUUAUUGUAAGAUUGACUACCUCAUUAGGACAGAAGGUGGGCUCUCCAAGUAUCUCCUGGAGUGCAACUUCUUGCCCUUGUCUGAACCGAGCCUGGACGACGGCCUCAUGACCCCCGACUCGGUCCUCGAGCCAGCCGGCUCGAACCGGACCAACUCCAGGGGAUCCGGAGGGUCCGGCGGGGUCGGGUGCAGGGCCCUUGCCUGCACCGCCGCCACCCACUUUGUAGUGAGGAAGAAACGGACCAGCGUGCUGGUUUGCAACAGCCCUUGCAGGCCGGUCGAACCGGCUUCGGCGAGCCUGAUGAACCGGAGGAAGAAGACUCCUCAUAGGGCUCCUCUAUAUUGA